AUGCAUGGAUUGAGAGGAGGAUCCGAAGAUGAAUCGGAAAGCCUCCUUGUGUUCCCAGAGUCUGACGGGCAGGACCCCCCGAGCGCAGCGGAGAAGAUUGAAAUCUUUGCGAGGAAGACGGAUCUGAACCCAAACGUGUGUGAUAGCAUACUUAGAUCUUACAAGUGGGACCUUCGGAAAGCUUUGAAGAUUCAGUUUGACGAAGGGUCGACCUCUCUGGACGACGAUUCGAUACAAUUCAAGCUACAGGAUACCGACGCGUUGAGGACCGACUGGAAUUAUCUCGAUGAUCUUCCUCUGACAAACAAUCUGGACCCAACUUUACAGAGUUUCAUAGACGAUGAAAAAGCCAAAGAAGAAAGAUUGAUGCAAGAAAGGAGGAAAAGGAGAGGAGAGGAGUUCCAGCUGACUUGCCCAAUGGAUAAGCUCAUGUUCCAUGCAGCAUGUGGAGUGUUCUUCGACGUCGAAGCAAACAAACAAGAUAUUUUGAUCUCAGGCCUCAAGAUUACUUGCGAAGGGGAACAAGACCAUGUGGAGUACACCAUCUACUCGCGGAAUGGAUCGUGGUUUGAUCCGCACUUUGCUGCGAGACAGAAUGCUUCUCUGUGGGAUGUCGUGAUGGAGACUAAGAUUUGCGAUGUACGUGAGAAUCCCGUGCUUAUACUAGAGGAUGGCAACCUCGAAUUGACUAGUGGCAAUUUCACCCUGCUCCCUUUCGAUACCGAUGUCAAGAUCUUAAAGGGCACGAAGGCGUCUUUCUACGUCCAUGGGACUGCUCGUGGGGCCGUCCUCUUCGGACAUCCGAUAACAGAUUUUCAUUGGAGGGCUGAGGACGUUUGUCUAGACUACUGCCUCCAACCAUUCAUAGAACCGAAACAUCGCGAGUUGGUACAAUUCUUGUAUCGUCCGGACUCUACAUGUGUUCCAAUGGAAUCAGAUGAUUUCAUUACAGUCUAUGCGGGAACGAUGAACUUCGAGCUUGACCAUUUCUCAACCUUUAAUUCGAUUCUACAGAGAAACGACGUGCAGUUCACGACAGUAGCGAUUUUCUGUGGAGUGGUGUGUUAUCAUAAGAUCGGGGAACCAGCAUGA